UUUGUAAAAGUAUGAGUAACUACAGAGAAAAAAAUUCGAAAGGACCAGUUUGAUUAGAGAGGACCCACGUGCACGGCAAAACCCACAUUUAUUCUGGUUCAGAAAACAGUACACAAAUUUCCAGGUCAGAAUCCCACAAAGAGGUCAGCCGUUUAGUAACGGGUCCACAGCAAUGCAGGCCGACUUCCGCGCUCCCCGGCGGCGCGCGCGUGUUUACGAAGAACUGGAGGCUCCGCUGCCGGUCAUCCGUAGUGCCGGGGAGAAGUGCGUGUACCGGGCUGAGCUCAUCAACCAGCACGUGCUUGUCUGCCACCCCGACCAUGUCAGGAAGAUACACAACCAGGGUUAUUUUGGAAAAGGCAUCUUGUCCAGAGCCAGACCAGAUCACAGCAUUUCAGAAAAAUGGGAGGAUUUCGAAGAUUUGUACCUUCCCGUUGUCUCUCAGGCCAGGUAUGAGGAACUACUUGGAUGGGCAAAGGCAAGUCUGUGUGCUCAGGGAAUGUCUGCAGAGGCUGUGGAUCAAAUAUUUCACAAACUAACGCAGAAAUUGGAGAUAGAGGAUGUGAAGAGUGAACUGAGGGAGGCUGAGGGGGCAAAGACUGAGGAUGGAGUUUGUGACAACACAAAAAGUCUGGGAAGGGAAUCUGAGGCGGAGCCUGAGGCCAAGAGACCAUGCAGGUCGGACAUACAGGACCUAAACUUUGACCAGAACUCUGAACCCAGUUUUGACUCCGAUCAAGACUCUGAACCAGAUCUUGGCUUUCAGGUUCCAGGUCCUGGUUUUGUGCUGGUAGUCUCUGAGAACCAGAAUGAAGGUGGGGUUAGAGAAGUGAAGCGGAGCCCAUUGUCUCUAACUGAGUACCUGCAGCUCAGCCUGGAGGAGGCCUUCUUCCUUGUCUACAGCUUGGGCUGCUUAUCUGUGUACCUGGACCAGGAGCCACAGUCAGUCAUUCAGCUGUGGCGAAGGUUUAGGUCUCUACGUCCGGACUUCACCAGCUCUUACGCUGCAUAUCAUCAUUUCCGAAGCAGGGGCUGGGUCCCCAAAGGAGGCAGCGGGGCCAAAUAUGGUGUGGACUUCAUGCUUUACAGGAAGGGACCCCCUUUCUACCACGCCAGUUACUCUGUGGUUGUAGAACAAACUGAUGAUGAGUUCAGGGGCUCAACUCUGCGUCCGUUUUCAUGGCGUUCUUUUGCUGCCCUUAGCAGAAUUACCGCCAGUGUCUCCAAGGAGCUGAUGCUGUGUUACAUCGUGUAUCCUGGUGAGCUACUGAAGGAGGAGCUUGAUUCACCUGUUUGCCUGAGCAAGCUGAAGGUUCAGGAAGUCAUCAUUAGCAGGUGGGUUUCCUCCAAGGAGCGAGCCGAGCAAGAUGACGACUGAUUCAAAUGAAUUCGCAAAGAACAGUUUGGAGCCAAUCAGGGACGUGGAUCAUAUUGAGCUCAUGAACUUUCUCGUGUGUGGAGUAUAUAGAAUAUGCCUUCUUCCUCAAACAGGAGUGGGAAGAAAAACAAGGAGAGAAAUGUAGAAAAAAUCUUAUUUCCUUUCAAAUAUGAUCAGAGCAACUAUGACAAACUACAGAGAACGGAAAUCAUCUUUCAUCAAAUGAGGACUUAAAGGUUAGUAAGCCUGACAGCUUGAACACAAAGAAAUAUGACCACUCUCCUUUAGAAAAGGACAGACUGAAGGAUGCUCCUCUCUGUAUUGUAGUGUAAGUUUAAAAUGAAGCAGAACAACCAUGACUUUAAAAUCUAACUCUUCUGAACAGUCUUCCUUCUCAAAUAUGCUGUUUUCAAUCUAACAUGGCUUCACAUCUCUUAAAUAGUGUGUACCUUUGUAAAUACUGUAAAAAAAAACGAUUUUUAUUUUUGCUGAAUUCCUGCAACCAAAAAAAGAAAUGUAAAAUAUAAAUAUUAUUUC